AUGAGGCCAAACAGGUCUCCAGAGGAGAGCACUGAGGGAGAUGCUGGGAGAACAGAGUGGAAGCCCACGGCCAAAGAUGCUUUCAAAGACAUCUCCAUAUACUUCUCCAAGGAAGAAUGGGAAGAGAUGGGAGAAUGGGAAAAAAUCCAAUAUAGGAAUGUGAAAAGGAACUAUGAAGCACUGAUUACUAUAGGUUUCAGAGCCACUCGACCAGCUUUCAUGCAUCACCGCAGGCAGGUCAUCAAACCCCAGGUAGAUGACACUGAGGAUUCUGAUGAAGAAUGGACACCGAGGCAGCAAGGUAAACCUUUUUCAAUGGCCUUCAGAGUGGAGCCCAGUAAACACCAGAAGGGAAUGUCCAAGGCACCAUUAAGUAAGGAAUCUAGUUUGAAGGAAUUGCUGGGAGCAGCAAAAUUGCUGAAGACAAGUGGCUCCAAGCAGGCUCAGAAACCGGUGCCCCCUCCCAGAAAAGCAAGGGCCCCAGAACAGCAACCCAGACAAAAAGUCGAACACAGAAGAAAGGAGACUGGAGUUAAGAGGUACAGUCUACGAGAAAGAAAGGGCCUUGUGUACCAAGAGGUCAGCGAGCCCCAGGAUGACAACUACCUCUAUUGUGAGGAGUGUCAGAACUUCUUCAUCGACAGCUGUGCUGCCCACGGGCCCCCAACCUUUGUAAAGGACUGUGCAGCGGAAAGGGGGCAUGCCAACCGCUCAGCCCUCACUCUGCCCCCUGGGUUAAGUAUCAGACUGUCGGGCAUCCCUGAGGCUGGGCUUGGAGUGUGGAACGAGGCAUCCGAUCUGCCACUGGGCCUGCACUUUGGCCCCUACGAGGGCCAGAUUACAGAUGACAAAGAGGCCGCCCACAGUGGAUACUCCUGGCUGAUCACCAAAGGGAGAAACCGCUAUGAGUAUGUGGAUGGAAAGGACAUGUCUUUGGCCAACUGGAUGAGGUAUGUGAACUGUGCCCGGGACGACGACGAGCAGAACCUGGUGGCCUUGCAGUAUCAAGGGCAGAUCUUCUACCGAACCUGCCAGGUGGUCAGGCCGGGCUGUGAGCUGCUGAUCUGGUAUGGGGACGAGUAUGGCUGGGACCUCAGCAUCAAGCGGGACAGCAGGGGGAAGAACAAGCUCACGGCCGGGAGAGAACCGAAGCCCAAGAGCCACCCAUGUGCCUCCUGCUCUCUGGCCUUCUCCAGUCAGAAAUUCCUCAGCCAACACGUCCAACGCAAUCACCCUUCUCAGACCCUCCUGAGACCAUCUGCAAGAGACCACCUCCAACCAGAGGAUCCCUGCCCAGGCAGUCAAAAUCAGCAGCAGCGAUAUUCCAAUCCACACAGCCCAAGUGACAAACCUGAGGGUUGCAAGGCCAAGGACAGGCUCCAACCUUUGCUGAAAAGCAAGCUGAAGAGGAUUUCAAGGGCCUCCUCCUAUUCACCCAGAAGACAAAUGGGGGCUUCUGGGGUACAUAAGAGAAUCACAGAAGAGCCCAGCACAAGCCAGAGACUGAAUCCAGAGGACACAGGCAAAUUAUUUAUGGGGGCAGGGGUCUCAGGGAUUAUAGAAGUCAAGUACGGAGAGGAGUGUGGGCAAGGCUUCAGUCAGAAGUCCCAUCUCAUCAGACACCAGAGGACACGCACAGGGGAGAAGCUCUAUGUUUGCAGGGUGUGUGGGUGAAGCUUCAGUCAGAAGUCAAGUCUCAUCAGACACCAGAGGACACACACAGGGGAGAAGCCCUAUGUUUGCGGGGAGUGUGGGCGAAGCUUCAGUCAGAAGUCCCUCCUAAUCAUGCACCAGAGGACACAGAGGGGUGAAGCCCUAUGUUUGCAGGGAGUGUGGGCGAAGCUUCAGUGAUAAAUCUCAUCACACACCAGAGGACACACACAGGGGAGCAGCCCUAUGUUUGCAGAGAGUGUGAGUGAGUCAUGACAAACAAACCACAUCUUAGCACAGGAGGAUUACUGCAGCCACCCCAUGCCUCAGCUCUAAGGGGGCCUCAGAGGAGGUCUGUGACCCAUUACAGUCCCCAAGUGUAUGAG